UACAAUUUUUUAGAAUAGAAUAGAUGGCUUUUAGGGGACAAGGACGUGGGCGAGGAUGGGGAUUUGGUGGUGGGUAUUUUAAGUCUGAACCCUUUGUGCUCUUCCCUGAUAUUGAAUUGCCUGAUGUAAAAGCCGUGCCCGAAGAGAAAGCCUUAGUCAUCUGGAAUUCAAGGUUGAUAAACUAUUGGAAAGCCUCUCCUUACUAUAUUGAAGAACAUGUUUCAAAGAAAAAACAGAGCAUGGAUAUAGAAAGAUUUUCUGACUGGGGCAAGCCGAAGAACACCUCGAAACGCAAUAGUCUUAACCAGGUUCUACAACUCCAAUCUCAUAAUUUUCCGAAAGAACUUAUUCAAGAUUCAAGCAGAGUGCAACGGAGUGCCAAAAAAAUGCGAUGGAAUCUAGACUCAGGCCUGGAGAAAUUGGAUAUGUUUGAGAAAUUUGAAAAGGAUUUUGAGGACAAAGAAGGAAAGGAGAAAGGUGAUGGUGAAGAAGAUACAGAUGAAGAACAGGGAGAACAGUCAGACGAAUCAUACAGUGAUGAUGGUGAUUAUAACGAGAAUGAACAUUUCGACGACGAUGAAGAUGAUUAUAACGUACAGGAUGACGGCGAUGAUGAACCUAUAUAUUAGGUGCUCAUCAAUUGAAGUGAUGGAAUCAGUGAGGCAAGACAAGAUCCCUUUGUAAAUCUCUCACAUUAGAUACACGGAAGGCAUGCUAAAAAGCAAAAUCCAAAUUAGCCACCUU